GCAUGUGCUAGUUGAACACUACUAGAAACUCCACCAUGACCCCCGCGUUGACCUCGUACGCCUCCCCUCUUUCGCCCGGAUGCCCUCCCAUUGGCCCCUAUGCAUCUACAGGAUGAUUGACAGCCGCUGAUCCCAGGAUGCCUGUGGUGCCAGUGGGCGGGACUUCCUCCUCCCACAUCGUCCCUGUGUCUCUCACUUGCUCAUGGCUUUUGCUGCUCUUCCACGCCGCAUUCGCACAGAAACCGGCCAAGCUUCCUCUGAUUGGUCGAAAACCCUUCAUCGCCGCUUGGAACGCACCUCUGGACAUGUGCACCAUCAAAUACAACAUCAGCGCCAACUUCGAGAAACUUUUUCACAUUCACGGUAGCCCACGUGCCGACUGGACAGGCCAAAAUGUUACGAUAUUUUAUGCCAAUAGACUGGGAUACUACCCAUACUAUACACCACAAGGGGAUCCAGUACAUGGUGGACUUCCUCAAAACUGCAGUCUUGAACUACAUUUGUUUAAAGCAUUUCAAGACAUCAACCAUUUUAUCCCAGCAGAAGAUUUCCGAGGUCUUGCUGUAAUAGACUGGGAAUUUUGGCGACCGCAAUGGAGUCGGAACUGGCACAAGAAAGAAUACCGCAAAAAGUCUAAAGAAUUGACUAGCAAGGCGUAUUUUAACGUAACAGCGGCUCAAAUUGAGGAGUUAGCGAGACGACGAUUUGAAAAAAGCGCAAAAGCUUUCAUGCAACGGACUAUUCAGUUGGGCACUCGCCUACGCCCCAAUGGACUAUGGGGAUUCUACCUCUACCCUGACUGUCAUAAUUACAACCUCCAUGAGCAAAACUACACAGGCUUCUGCCCUCUGCUGGAGAGGAUGAGGAAUGAUGAGUUGCUAUGGCUUUGGAACAGUAGUACGGCCCUGUUUCCGUCAGUGGCCAUAAGGAAAAGCCACACCAAUAGUAUUAGUAACUUGCACUUUUCACAGCACAGGAUCCGGGAGGCAACCAGGGUGGCAUCGCUGACCUCAAAGGAGUACGACCUGCCCACCUAUGUGUAUCUAAGGAUGGGCUACAGGGAUGAGGCACUAGCUUUCCUCACUAAUAAAGACCUGAUCCACACCAUUGGGGAGAGUGCAGCUCUGGGGGCAGCUGGCUUCGUCAUCUGGGGAGACUUGAACCUGACCUCGUCCAGGCACAACUGCACCAAAGUCAAGCACUUCCUGAGCCAUCGCCUGGGCCAGUACAUCACCAAUGUCACCAGGGCGGCAGAGCUGUGCAGCGACUCCCUGUGCCAGAGCAAUGGCCGCUGUGUCCGAAAGAACCCCCGUGCCCGCCACUACCUGCACCUCAGCCCCCACACCCACCGCAUCGCCCCGUCCGGUGAAGGGGACUUCACCGUCACGGGUUGGCCCUCCACACAGGACCUCCAGCUGCUCCGGGACAGGUUCAAGUGCCACUGUUAUGAGGGCCACGAGGGGGAGAGCUGUGAUAGCAUCAACAUAGUGAAGGAGGAGGACGAUACGGGGCGGAGGGAGGAAGAGGAGGAGGAGCAGGAGAGGAAGAGGACGGAGUGGGAGGACGAGCAAGGCGAGCGCUAUGAGGGGAGAGAGAGUGCAGCGAGGGUCAAUAUGAGCGGCACAAGGCUAAUGGCGGUGAUGCUCGUGUUGUAUGUUUUUGUGUUGAGGGCACAUUUAUGAUUUAUAUACAUUUUUUCACACCAGAUUAAAGUGUAUUUGAAUGCGUUAUUGACGUACAGGGGCAACACUGCUUUCUGUAGAGUUAUAUGCUGUUAUGGUAUUAAGAUACACAAAUGAGAUUGAAUCAGCUGUAUCACUUUGUUGCUUAAAAAAAAACCAAAUCUAGACCAGUGGUUCUAAAUCUUUUCAUACCAUGUACCAUUUCAGAAAAUAGUUGCCCUUGUAAAUACCACCAGAUCCAAACCAGGUCCAAAACAGAACUAGUCAAGGUCUACAAUUGAUACUAUUGGGGGUGAAGCUAACUUAAGGCACUCUGAUUCUCAAUUUAGACUUUAAUCUGAGCUUUGUUUUUCUACAAUCUGACCAGAAAGAUCUGACUUAGCUAGCUGACACCUAAACAGGACCAUGUAAGGCCAAAGAUGUAAAUUUUGUCAUCUUAUGUACUUUAACUUCUUUUUAAAUACAAUACAGUUCUUUUUUUUUUUUUU